GUUAUCAUCAGUGGUGAACAACUGCCUGAAGGUGUACGUGUUUGGGUAAUUUUGGAUUCUUUGAAUCUUUACUCACUGCCAUAGCUGAUGGGAAGCUGUGAGGGCAUGUCCUCCUCUCUCCACAGAUCCAGAUACUACAUCAGCUGGUGUGUAGACUCCGCAGAGUCACCAACACCUGCAACUACAGGUGCAGUCGCUCAAGAAGAAUCUUCACACCAAAACCAUGAGCCGGCUGUUUCAGGAUCAGUCCCACUUCUCCUCCUGUCACCACCAGAAACCAGUGGAGGAGAAACCGACACAACAUUUUCCCAUCAACGCUCAGAGCCAACUUUCACAAAGAGGACACAUCACGGUGGCGUCACACAUUCCCACCCAUCCCAGUCAAACACAGCCUCCAGCUCGGCUGUGCACAGCACUGACAAAGCCUCUUAUCGUCAUGAUGGUGGUGAGGAAGGCAGAAAGGGGAUCAAAGAGGAGCUGGAGGACAAAACCUUCCUCCUUCCCAGGGGCAGUCCGGUCAUCUCCAGACGCCACAGGCCCGUCUCCUGGCAUGGAAACGACAGCGGCACGUCUGCGACAUCAAGCUCGGACUCCCGUACUCCUGCUUCUGGUUCGCCGUCUCUGGAUCAGUGUGGAUCCAAACCGAGCUCCUGUCCCCACCCGUCCCCUCUUAAGAAGGACAAGAAGGACAAGAAGCCUCUCUGCGUCUCUGCCUCAUCCCAUCUGAACCGGCUCCUCAGCUCUUGGGUCCACCGUCCUUUCAGUGGACAGCAGGGAUUGGCUGGGGAGGACAGGGGGCGGGGGCUGACCGGCUGUGAUGCCUCUCACUCAUCAGGUCUCCCUACCUCAACACAGCACAGAAAAGAGGCAAGAUGCAGUGGUAUCCCAGAAUACUCUGAAGACAUCUUUAAGACCAGUUGUGAUCUGGAGAAGGAGAAUGCUCAUUUCAUUGUGGUGGACAUGAUGCUGGAGGUGCUGGAAGGUGUCAAAUGGACCCUGAGGUCCAAUCGUUUGACUUCCACCAUGGACACACACCAACACUCGCACUGCAGCAUGUGCACACACAGAGACACAAGCUCGGCAGAGGACGUACCGACACAUGUGCACGUACAGAGAUGUAAAGCAAUCAGACAGUCACAGACCUGCAGCGCAAGUGAUCCUAAGCAUGAGACGGACAAGACAUCCCACAGAAACACACACUCAUCUUAUGUACGCACACACCUAUACACACAGGAUGAAGAAGAGGAGGAAGCAGGGAUACAUGAGGCUGAACAUUCACCAAAGACUCUCUCCAUCCUCUCCUCUGACAGUGGAUUUGAAGACUUUGUAGUCAACACUAUGCUGACACCGAGAGAGUCCCUCAGAAAUGCAGAGUGUCUGGCCCAGCAGUUGGUGCUAGAGUUUAGGAGGAGCUGGCUUCCUUCCCGGGAGCCUCGGCGUGGACGGCUAAGCCUCCGUAGUUCACUGCAGGAGUUGCCAGGUACUGGAGUGGUGGCGGUGAGCAGCGACAGCCUGGCAGAGGAGAUCAGACAUAGGACCAGGAUGAGAGGAUCCCUGAGCUGGGCCCCACAACGCUUCCAGAUCAUCUUCACUGUUCAGCCAACCAACAAACGCAGUGAAGUAGUGGCUCUGCAGCACUUCCUGUGUGCCGGCUGUGGGACAGAGGUGGAGCCUCGGUACAUAAAGAAACUGCGGUAUUGUGAAUAUCUUGGAAGGUAUUUCUGUGACUGCUGCCACAGCGGCUCUGAAGCUGUGAUUCCUGGUCGACUUCUGUCCUGCUGGGACUUUGGAAGAUACCCUGUGAGUGAUUUCUCCAAACAGCUGCUGGAUUCAGUUUGGCAUCAGCCUCUGUUUGACCUGACCUGUGUGGGUAAGACACUCUACAGCAAAGUGAAAGAGCUGGACAAGUUCAGGGAGCUGCAGGAUCAGCUGAUGGGCAUCAAGAAGCUGCUGAAGGCCUGCAGAUUAUCUGAAAGGGUGAUGGCUGAGUUUGAACAGCUUCCUGCUCACCUGAUGGAGCAGCCGCACCUCUUCUCCAUGGACGACCUCUUGAGGGUGAAGAAGGGUCAGCUUGUGGCUCAGGCCAGAGCGGUGCUGCACUCUGCUAUCGACCAUGUUGAAAACUGUGAGUUGUGUCUGGCCAGAGGUUUCAUCUGUGAGUUCUGCAGAGAAAGAAACAUCAUCUUUCCUUUUCAGGUGGACAUAUGUAGGCGAUGUCCAGUGUGCAAGGCCUGCUUUCACAAAUACUGUUUUGUGGAAAAGAAGUGUCCGAAAUGUGCACGGAUCCAAUCACGGAAAAAAAGUCGAGAGGGAUCCAAGAAGUGACAACUCGGCACCGAGCUUUAUGAUUCAGCUGCAUUACGUUUGCAGCAGUCACAUAACAAAAGUGAUGCAAUUCUUGUGCAUACAAAUAUUUUCAUGUCUAUAAUCAGGGAAUACAAAACUCACAAUGUUUGAAUCAAUCUGAAAUAUUUCAUGUUUCCUAUGGAAAUUAAAUUGGCAUGAGAGUUAUUCUCAAACCAACACCUCUG